AUGAUCUUAGAGAAGACAGUGGAUAGGUCUAGAAAAGAUUGGUCUACGAAACUAGAUGAUGCUCUAUGGGCCUACCGCACCGCAUUCAAGACUCCCAUUGGAACCACACCUUACAAGCUUGUAUAUGGGAAAUCAUGUCAUUUGCCGGUAGAACUUGAGCAUCGUGCUCAUUGGGCUAUUAAAACCUUGAACUUUGACCUUCAAGGUGCCAGUGAAAAUAGGUUGCUUGACCUCCAUGCCUUGGAAGAGCUAAGAUUGGAUGCAUAUGAGAGUGCACGGAUCUACAAGGAAAAAACCAAGGCUUGGCAUGACAAGUGUAUCAACAAAAGAGAGUUUAAGGAAGGUGACAAAGUCUUGUUAUUUAAUUCCUGGUUGAAGUUGUUUCCGGGUAAGCUAAAAUCCAGAUGGAGUGGGCGUUUAACCGUCAAAAGGGUGUUUCCAUAUGGUGCAAUCGAAAUCUCCAAUGAAAAUGGUGAACCAUUCAAAGUGAAUGGCCAAAGACUAAAGCCAUACUUUGAUGAUUUUGUGCAUAAAGAGGACAAAUUUGUUCACCUUGACGAAUUUGAUAUUCCUCAUUCACGUUGA